AUGGGACGCAACCAGACAUGGAUCACAGAAGUCACUCUGCUGGGAUUCCAGGUUGAUCCAGCAUUGGAGUUGUUCCUCUUUGGAGUUUUCUCUCUCCUCUAUGCCCUCACCCUUCUGGGGAAUGGAAUCAUUGUGGGGCUUAUCUGCUUAGAUUCUAGACUGCACACCCCCAUGUACUUCUUCCUCUCACACCUGGCCGUCAUUGACAUGUCCUAUGCUUCCAACAACGUCCCCAAGAUGCUGGCAACUCUUGUGAGUCAGAACAGAACCAUAUCCUUUGUCCCUUGCAUUAUGCAAACAUUUUUGUUUUUGGCCUUUGCUCACGCAGAGUGCCUGAUUUUGAUGGUGAUGUCCUAUGACCGGUAUGUGGCCAUCUGCCACCCUCUACGUUACUCUGUCAUCAUGAGCUGGAGAGUGUGCACAGUCCUGGCCAUCACUUCCUGGGUGUUUAGCUUCCUCCUGGCCCUAGUCCACCUGGUUCUCAUCCUGAGGCUGCCCUUCUGUGGGCCUCAUGAAAUCAACCACUUCUUCUGUGAAAUCCUGUCUGUCCUCAAGCUGGCCUGUGCUGACACGAGGCUCAACCAAGUUGUCAUCUUUGCUGCCUGUGUGUUUAUUUUACUGGGGCCCCUCUGCCUGGUGCUGGUCUCCUACGCAUGCAUCCUCUCUGCCAUCCUGAGGAUCCAGUCAGGGGAGGGCCGCAGAAAGGCCUUCUCCACCUGCUCCUCCCACCUCUGUGUGGUCGGGCUCUUCUUUGGCAGUGCCAUCGUCAUGUACAUGGCCCCCAAGUCCCGCCAUCCCGAGGAGCAGCAGAAGAUCCUGUCCCUGUUUUACAGCCUUUUCAACCCCAUGCUGAACCCCCUGAUCUACAGCCUGAGGAACGCAGAGGUGAAGGGUGCCCUGAGGAGAGUGAAGUGGGAACAGAGAUCGAUGUGA